AUGUACAGAAUACUCUCUGUGCCGGUUUACAUGGUACUAAUAUCAAUUUUUUUUUCUGAAGCGACUAUUAUAUGCCCUCCACAUCCUUUGGUACCAAAUGGAUUCUUGAUAUAUUCGCAAGCAAAUAAAUUAGUACUUAAUCAGUAUCAAACACUGAUAACGCUUAAGUGUGCUCCAGGCUUUUUUCCUACUAUAUCAGACGGAAUUGUGCGCUGUUCUUCAGAUGGAUCAUGGGUUGGAUCACUUGGCAAGUGUGUUCGAAAUAAUACUAUCAAUAAACCAUGCCAAGCAGUUAAUCCUGUGAUACCACACGUUAUUUAUCAACCAAAAGCAACUACUCUGAAUCAAAAAACAUAUCCACAUGGUACGAAGGCUCGUUUAAACUGUCCUCUGAGUGCAACUCUCGGGAAUAACAAGUGGAUCGUUUGCAAGAACGGAAUCUGGAAUGGAUCUUUGGGUACAUGUUAA